CUUUAUAGGUGACCUAAAUGAAGUGAAAAUUCGAGCAAUGGAUCUAAGAAUUGUAUAUUUUGCAAUUGCCAUUUAUGUUUUAUUGGUGAAAUUAGUGAUACCAUGGGUUAUGAAAAACAGAAAACCAUUUGUUUUAAGAAGAACUCUAAUUGUAUACAGUUUGCUAAUCUCUUUCCUGAAUGGUCUUCUCGCAUAUCAUAUGUUUUGUCACUUAUAUGAAAAUUGGAAUGUUCGAUGUACUGUGAGGAAUGCUCCACAGGAGGUUAAAAAUAGCUAUGUAACAAAAGGCUUCAAUAUAAUUUGGUAUAACGCCUUAAUGAAGUUUAUGGAAUGGUUUGAUACUAUAUUUUUCGCCCUUAGAAAGAAACAUUCGCAAAUUACUCAUCUACAUCUGAUUCACCACACCGGCAUAGUUAUAUUCCCAUUUUAUAUCUUCCAACUUGAAUUACCCAAUUUUAGUUACAUUCUUGGCUCUAACAUUAACUGCGUGAUUCAUGUGUUGAUGUAUCUAUAUUAUGGAUUGGCAGCCAUUGGUCCUCAUGUUCAAAAAUAUUUAUGGUGGAAAAAGUAUUUAACAAUGUUACAAAUCGUAAGUAGAUUUAAAACUUGAAUUUAAAUUGUUAAA